AAACCCUCCGCUAAAGCCAUCUGCUCAUAUAGCACAUAGUUUUCCAAUACAGGAUUCUGCCAUGGCUGUUGCCCUCAAGACCUUUGUUCUGCUUUCCAUCUUGCUUAUCAUUCCUUUGUUAUCAUCAGGAAGAGUCGAACAAAGUUUCAAGUCCCAGGUUCGAAUCCCUCCACCCAUAACGAUCGAAAAUGAGAGUAUGCACUGUCGUAAGUAUGAUCCCAGGUUCAAUCUGAAGUGCGGAAUCAGGGUGACGAAUCAAAGGAAGCUGUUGGUGCCAGUGCUGGAUUAUGAUGACACGGGGCCCAAUCCUAAGCAUGAUCCUAGGAAGAAACCUCCCGGCCACCCCUAAACUAAUUGAGUAUUAUAUAGAAACUAUAUAUUUCUAUUUCCAGAGGCCGGUUUUGAUCCUGUAUUAGAAGAGCACCAUGGCAUUAUAAACAAGCUCGUUCAGUAAUAAUAAAUAAGAUAUGGUAGAAUCCAACUAGUGGGUGAACUAAGUUGAUAAAAGAAUAUAUAAUUGCAAUAUUGUAUUAGUUCUAGAUAUAUUCAUGUGUAUGUUGUGUGUGUACUUCCUUAAUUUGGUUAUCUACUCAAUAUCACUUCUUAGAUAUAUCAACUAUAACAAUAAAUUGACUUUUCCUAA